AUGGAAAGAAGACACGUAACCUACUGUACUGAUCUGGAAAAAUCUGUAAUCAUAAGUAAUUUUGAGAGACGUGGGUGGGUUCAAGUGGGACCUGAAGAGGAAUGGAAUUUUUACUGGUCCUUUACUCAAAACUGCCGCAGUUUAUUCAGUAUUGACAGUGGUUACAGAAUGAAUGACAACCAAAUAAUAAACCAUUUUCCAAACCACUAUGAACUUUCACGUAAAGAUUUAUUGGUUAAAAAUAUUAAGAGGUAUCGUAAAGAGCUAGAACGUGAAGGUAAUCCUUUAGCUGAGAAAUCAGAAGUAACUUUACCUAACGGACAAACCGCGAUGCGGUACACACAUUUAGAUUGGAUACCUGUUACUUACGUAUUACCCGCCGAUUACAACAUGUUCGUUGAAGAGUAUCGAAAAUCACCCCAAAGUACUUGGAUCAUGAAACCGUGUGGAAAAUCACAAGGGGCCGGAAUUUUCCUAAUAAACAAGCUUUCAAAACUUAAGAAGUGGUCCCGCGAAGUGAAAGCUCCGUUACACCCGCAACUUAGCAGCAAAGAAAGUUAUGUAAUAUCACGCUAUAUUGACAAUCCCCUUUUGAUUGGGGGUAAGAAAUUCGAUCUGAGACUAUACGUUUUGGUAACUUCAUUCCGACCCCUCAAAGCUUAUCUAUUUCAACAUGGGUUCUGUAGAUUUUGUACCGUAAAAUACGAUACUAGCGUAACGGAACUGGACAAUAUGUACGUUCAUUUGACAAAUGUUAGCGUUCAAAAACACGGCGGAGAUUAUAACAGUUUACACGGCGGUAAAAUGAGUAUCCAAAAUUUUCGCCUAUAUUUGGAAGGCACACGAGGGCGUUCAGUGACCGAUAAAUUAUUUGCUGACAUGCAAUGGCUGAUAGUCCACUCUUUGAAAGCUGUUGCGCCUGUAAUGGCUAACGAUCGACAUUGCUUUGAAUGUUAUGGAUAUGAUAUCAUCAUAGAUAAUGAGCUAAAACCGUGGCUCGUAGAAGUAAACGCUUCCCCUUCUUUGCAAUCAACUACACAUAAUGACAGGAUAUUAAAAUAUAAAUUGAUCGACAAUAUAGUUUCGGUCGUUGUGCCACCAGACGGGAUCCCUGACGCCAGGUGGAACAAAACACCGAGCGAAGAAGCUUUAGGCGACUUUGACGUACUGAUUGAUGAGGAAUUAAUGGAGAGGGAAGACGCGAAUUCACGCUAUAAUAAAUUUAAUCGGCUUAGAACA